UAACAUUUUAUAAAACUAAUUUCAGUGCUUGGGAAUGGACAGCAAAAUGAUGACUCGCUCAGCCGUGGCCCGCCGUACUGAGGAGCAACUUCGUGUGGCCCUCGCAGAACUAAAACAAUAUAAGGACCAGUGCCAAAUGCUGUUAAGGGAGAGAGAUGAUAAUGAAAAAGAAAUGCUAUCUGUAUUACAAAAGAAUAAAGAGUUAAAAUUAGAACUUAACAAGUUAAGCUUGGACUUUGAUGACAUUCAGAAACAAAACAUGGAACUACAGAGCAUCGUCGACGGCUUCGACCAAUGCAGGGAGGAGUAUGAAAACACUCUCAAGAACUCGGCUAACUUAAAAAUCAAACUGAAUAAUGCUGAGGACUAUAUUCUAAAGCUUGAAGAACAAAUCCAUGUUCAAAGUGCCACCCAAACACAAACUUUAUUUGAUGAACUCAUUUGUAACAAAAGUAAGUUUGAUUCUAACAGAAAAUCAUGUAACGUUGACAUUUCUACUAUUGAUUUGACGGGUGACGAUACAUUACCACUGUGUAAAAUGAAUAGUAAGAAAAAAUUAAAGAAAUACAUUAAAAUCAGAAAGUGCAUCAAACAAUACUGUAAACUGUCACUGAAAAAUAAAAAAUGUAUAAAUAACUUAUCAAAACUUGCUAAAGAAAACCAAAAAUUGAAUAAUAAUUUGCUAAAUUGUAAAAUUGACUUAGAGCAAAUUAAAUGUAGCUAUGAGGCCGAUGUAUGCAACCUUCAGGCCGAAAUUUCAAUACUCCUCGACUCCUUGGAUAAUUUGAAAAAGAAAUAUGAAUUGUCACAGCAAGAAAUGCAGGGGCAUAUAUCAGCUAUGAAUGAUCUGCUGGAAGUGACUCAUUACAAUGAGGAGCGGGUUUACUCUCUAUUGAGGGUCAACGGCUUCUCAAAUAAAACAGAUCGCUCUGUCUUAAAUAAAGUAGCAGAUAUAUGUUCCAGUCAGAAGGUGCAUACUGAAUGCCCAACACACAUUACUUUGUUCAGUGACGAGUUAGGUAAAGAUUUGGGUGUAUAUUUGAAUAGAAUGUGUAUCGGACAAUCUAUCUCUAAUUUUUGUAUGCCCGGAGCUACAUACAGUGAAAUUUUAAAAAGGGCCUUAACUAUGAAUUAUUGUCCGAAUACUACAUUAAUAAUUUUAGUUGGGAGGAAAGGAAAGGUAAAUAGGAAACAGAUGACUGAAUUUUUGGACCAGUUAUUUAGUAUUGAAAAUCUUAAAAAAGUUAUCUUGUUUACUUUUCCUUAUAUACGAAUGUUGCCAAAGAGUGAUAAUAAAGAAAAUUUUGCUAGAUAUCAGCUGAACAGCCUUAUGUAUACUGCUGUAAAUAAUAAUUGUAUAAUUUUGAAUGACUCACAUAAGGAAUGUCAGGUUAUAGAUAUCAAUAAUUUAGAUUUUAAGGUAUCCACAAUGAAAAGAGAUAAGUUCUUCUUAUCUAAUUUUUAUAAACGACGUAUAGCCAAGUUGCUAUUUAACUUUUUAUAUAUAAACCCAGCCAAGUUUUUGGCUUCCCCGACUACUGCUUUUAUUGAGCAGAAUAUUAGUCAUAGUGUUAACGAUUUGGAAUAUGUUCCAAAUAUUUAUUUAAAUUAGAUAAUAAGACAAUGGAGGACAUCUCUUGCACAAAUGAAUUAAGUUCAAGUCUAAAUGUUGAAAAUCCUACCAAUAACUUGAUAGACUCAAUUAAACUGAGGAAAAAUAAAUGUAAUUUGAUUAAUCUGGUGCAUCAGAAUUUACAAGG